GAUCUCAGCACUCAGACGGACUGCUCUUCAGACUCGGACGAAUAAAGACACACGGUUCAUGAGAAAAAGAAAAGAAGAGUUACUGCUGGAGCUAUUUUCGAUUCCGUAGUGAGACUUUAAAGCGAAGGCGGCUGUGAUUGGGCAGUGCGGAGUCACGCGGUGUACACUCGCGCCCGUCCGUGAACGCGACUCUGCCUGCGCUAGCGGCGGCUCGAGCUCUCCGGAUCCUCCUCACAAUUAUUCUUAAUUACUCAAACCUUUUUUUCCGCUUCAUUCCUUUAAUAAGAAACCAUUUUCUUUUCGUGAGACGGUGUUUCCCCCCAUCAUGGGCGACAAAAAGAGCCCGAGCAGGCCAAAAAGACAAGCCAAGCCGGCGGCGGAUGACGGUUACUGGGACUGUAGUGUGUGUACAUUCAGGAACAGCGCGGAAGCGUUUAAAUGCAGCAUCUGCGACGUACGGAAGGGUACAUCCACAAGGAAGCCCAGGAUAAACUCCCAGCUGGUGGCUCAGCAGGUGGCGCAGCAGUACGCCACCCCUCCCCCUGCAAAGAAAGAAAAGAAGGAGAAGCCGGAGAGACCUGAGAAGGAGAGGGCCGAUGGCGAGCGACCAGAGCGGAACCUGCCUGAUGUUGAACACCCAGCCAAGGAGAAGGUUGAGAAGGACCAUGCUGACCAAGAGAAGAAGGACCGAGAGAAAGAAAUCACUGUUGCCCUACCGAAGAAACCCAGCAGCAAAAAGACCAGGCCCAAGAUGGACAACCAUCAAAGCCCACCAAGUGAAAGAAACAGUAUACAGUCUGGGAAAUCAACCACCAAGACUAAAAACUCUCACAUCUCAAGCAGACCCAAAUUGAAGAACGUGGAUCGGAGCACGGCCCAGCAGCUGGCCAUCACGGUGGGGAACGUGACGGUAAUCAUAACGGACUUUAAAGAGAAGACGCGUUCGUCCUCCACGUCCUCCUCGACGGUGACGUCCAGUGCCGCCUCUGAGCAGCAGCACCCGAGCUCGGGCUCCGAGAGCAUGGACAAGAGCUCGUCACGUGCCUCCACUCCUAAACGAGACCUCUCACUUGGCCAUGAUGAGUCAUUCUGAGCCUUCAAACUGCUCUUGGACACUGUGGAGAAUACUGGCUGUUCUGCAGUUCUCCUAUGCCCUGCUCUCAUUCCGCCCAUCUGCUUUCUAUUACCAAAAGAGGGACGAAUAUCUGCUACAUCCCCCACAUUUACACAAACGUUGAUGUGCGCAUACGUUCCCUGAUUGGAGAUAAUUUCAUCUCUCUGGACCCUUAGCAGUGGAUUCUCAGCAUCGUCCUUGGUAGCACUGGAGUGACAGCAGGGCCAAUGAGAUGGCAUCCCCACUCUUGUAUGUAUUGUUUUAUACUUGUAAGUAAACAUCUGGCUGAAUCAACUUCUUUUUUUUUUUUUUUUUUUUUUUUGUGUAUUAAAAAAAAAAAGGUCUGCUGUGCACAAUAACCACCUACACUUUAACAAUUUCCUGAAUAGCUAUGACACUUAUUUAUUAUCUGUCGUGUCUUAAUACUUUGAGAUUUUUCCCAUUGAAGCUUCGCUAAGUAGCAUGGCUGAUGGUUCCAUUUUACAAUUUUAAUGAUAUUUUAAUGCGUUCGAAUUGUUUUCCUGGAGCCCCCUGAGAAACUGUCCCACAUUGGUGCUAGCUACACUGUGAAUCCCUUUUUUUUUUUUUUUUUUUUUUUUUUUUCUCUUUUUUCUUUCUUUUUUUUUUUCUUUCCUGCUCAGACUGUCUUUCACACUUCAAGGUCCUUAAGCUUAAAGCCUAUUUCACUCAUUUUUCUGCCAUUCCACAUCAGCUAUUCUUUUUUUUUUUUUUUUUUUUUUUCUUUUCUUCCUUCCUUCCUUCCUUUCUUUCUUUCUCUCCCCCAAGUGAGUGCUGGCUGUCUGCUUUUCAUGGUGGCAUUUUCAGCCCUCGUUUUGCCUGGCAGGUCUGAUUUCUAGCUUUUCCACAGUCCAGACUUUGUAACCUGGUCCCUGUGAUGCCUGUCUUUUGACAUCUGUGAAUAGAACCUCAUAUUUUACACUUGCAGUGCAGUUUAUAUGAAUUAAUGGCAUUGUUUGGCAGAGGUAUUUUGUAACUUAUUGGUUAUUUAUGGCAUGUAGUACAAACACUAAACACGUUUAAGUUAAGAAACUAGUCUAAUUGGUCUGGUUUUAAGUUAUGCCAUACCGACCCACAUUAUCAUUUUCUUACAGAGUGCAUUCCAGCAUACCUGAAUCACAGUUACAGCUUCAGACUUUUUGUUUGGUGAAGGAUAAAGUAAGACAAAAUGAAGAUCUAGACUGUAACUUGGGACUCGGGUGACUUACUAAUUGUUUAGAACCGCAUGAUCUCGCUGAAGGGAAACAGAGGACACAAUAAGUUUGUGUUUUUUCUUCUUUUUGGUCACAUUGUCCAGAGUGUUCAGCUGUGUUUCAGACAAAAUCUCACACCCUGCCAUAAUGGCCAACAAUAAGAGUACUAAUGCCUAACUAUCCCUUAAAAAAAAAAAAAAAUUAAAAUAAAUAAUCCACUUAGCUUCCUCUUGAACUGUAUUAAAAAUGUAUAAAGUAUGUGUAUAUGAUACGAGUUUUAUUUAUUGAAGGACCAAAGGAAUUUGAUAUUGACAUGAUAGACAAAUAAUUUGAAUUGUAAUGAUCAUAUGUGUGAUAUACAGUAUAUAUAAUACAUUUUAAAUAAAAUCUAAUAUAAUCCAUAUCUAAUUCUUGCUAAUUCUUGUCCACAACAUACUGUGAAACUCAUCAGUUGCUUUGGAAUCAAACCUGUAAAGACCACAUCAGCGUUAGAUGUUGUACAUUACAGCGUCGGUUCUUCCAAGACGCGGUCAGUUAGAGGGUCACUUCUUGUACAACAGUAUUGCAAUAUUUAAAGUUUGGUCAUCAAUUGAAUUGCUUAAUAAGUAAUGUUCUAGUAACCGGUUAAUGUUUAGAAUCAGAAGUGUGAACAGCUGUGAAAUAGAUCACUUGUGUAUCACUUGUAACAGAAUUGAAGACUUGGUUUUUACUCCUCCAGUGACGGGAUGAAU